AUGUUGGACGAAACUUGUGAUAUCAGUGUCCAUAAAAAACUUGCUAUUUAUGUGAGAUAUAUUUAUAAUGGUGAAAUUUCCGUAGCUUUUGUUGGAAAUGAACAAAUAACAGAUUGUACAGCGGCGGGUAUAGAAUCUGCCUUGCUUGAAUUUCUUGUUAGAACAGGAAUUUCAAAUGAUGAUUUAAUCAAUGUAUUAGGUUUAGGUACUGAUGGUGCCGCAGUUAUGACAGGCCGCCUGAAUGGUCUUGGUGCCAAGUUAAAGGCAAGAAAUAAUAAAUUGCUUCAGGUACAUUGCAUUGCGCAUAGGUUAAAUUUAGCAGCUUCACAAGCUGGCAAAGAUAUCAAUUUCUGUAAACGGUACCAUGAAAUGAUACAUUCACUUUACAAAUAUUACUCCGAUUCCUCAGUUAGAUAUGAUAAACUCAGGGAAUUGCAAGAAAUAUUGAUUGGUAAGUCUUCUCAGAUUACUGAACCAACAUCAGUUAGGUGGCUGUCAGUUGAAGCUGCUGUAAAAAUAAUAUUUUCAAACUAUGGCCCAGUGUACCAGUCUCUGGAAAGUGACAAAACUGCAGGGAAAGCAGAUGGUCUUCUUAAAUUUAUUGCCAAUGCUAAGUUCUUGUUGUUUACAGCCUUACUUAUUGAUGUUUUAACAGUCAUUGGCAUACUUAGUUUAACCUUCCAGAAGGACUUGGUAAAUAUUUCACAUAUAAGAGCAAGCAUAUCAGCAACUAAAGCUACAUUAGAAACAAUGAAAACAAGAUCUGAAACUGUUUCAAAGGUAUUAAGUGAACUGGGUAAUAUUCCAGAGCCUGGUACAAAAAACAAGUACCAGCAGUUAGAGGUAAUUGAUAACCAGCAGACUAGAGAUGAGUUCAGUAAUCUGAGGCAGACAUACAUAGACAAAUUAAUUCUGAACUUAAAUAAUAGAUUUCCAGAAGACCAGUUACAAACUCUGGAAUGCUUUGAUAUAGUAUUAAACCCUAAAAGGUACCCAGACCAAGCAGGUGACCUGCCAAACUAUGGCAAUGAUCAGCUUUCUUCACUUUUAAGUUUUUAUGACACAUUAGUAAACAGUGAAAGAGCUAAGUCUCACUUUUUAAUGUUCAAGCAUUUUGCAAGGUCUCAUAAAGCUAUAACAUUUGAUAGCUUUAUCAAGUUAUUAAUAAAUGAGUAUGAAGAUGAAUUUCCAGACUUUGUGUUACUAGGAAAAAUAGCAAUGAUUAUUCCUGUGUCUUCAGCACCAUGUGAACGUGGAUUUUCCGUUCAAAAUGCCCUGAAAAAUAAAGUGCGCAACAGAUUGAAUGCAUCAAGACUUAACAGACUUAUGUUCAUAAACCUGAUAGGACCACCUAUUGAACAUCUGGAUUUUUUGCCAGCAGCAAAGAUAUUUGCUGAAGGUGCACAAGGCAGACUCUAA